AUGGUCAUUGAUUCGGGUCGAGAGUCCGUGGCGUAUCGUGUCCCGGCGCCAACACAGGACAAGCCUAAAGCCAAGCAGUUACCAGUGACCUUGCUCUCUGGAUUCCUAGGUAGUGGAAAGACCACUCUAUUGAAACACAUCCUCAAGUCACCCGAUCAUGGUUUGCGCAUUGCUGUCAUUGUGAAUGACAUGAGUCAACUCAACAUCGAUGCUGCCCUCAUUAAGAACCACAAGGUCUCUCAAACUACCGAAAAACUCAUCCAGCUACAGAACGGUUGCAUCUGCUGCACUCUGCGUGGAGACCUUCUUUCUGAAUUAGCGCAGCUCACAAAGCAAAAUGAUAUCCAAUAUGUCAUUAUCGAGAGCACGGGUAUUAGUGAGCCAAUGCAGGUUGCCGAGACAUUUACCUCGGAGUUCAGUGCUGCCAUGUUGGAGGCUGAGGACCAGAUCGCGGACACUGAUGAAGAUACAAAAAAGGUCUUGAAAGAAAUCGUCGAAAUGGGUGGUCUGCACACAAUGGCUCGUCUAGAUACCACGGUCACAGUCAUCGACGCCUUCAACCUCCUCUCAAACUUUGACACCACAGAAUUCCUGUCUGAUCGCUAUGGCCGAGACGAGAUCGUUCCUGAGGAUGAACGUACAAUCUCCGAUCUCAUGGUGGACCAGAUCGAGUUUGCCGAUGUACUCAUCAUCAAUAAGAUUGAAACGGUUGAUCAAGCGACACGAGACAAGAUCUCUCAAUUGAUCAGACUUCUCAAUCCCGAUGCCAAGGUUCUCAUGUCAAGCUAUUCUCAAGUUGACGUGCGUGAGAUUGUUGCAACCAACAAAUUCGAUUUCGUGCGGGCUGCCUCCGGUGCAGGAUGGCUUCGUAGCUUGCAUGAGAUGACGGUCCAGCAAACUGGUAACGGGGAGCGUAUGGCUCCUAAGCCGGAGACUCUAGAGUAUGGUAUCAACAACUUUGUAUACUCCGCUCGGCGGCCCUUCCAUCCGCGUCGUCUUUUCUCUCUUCUCCAUGACAAGUUCAUUAUUUUGCAGAACAAUGAAUUGGAGGAGGAGGAGGAGGAGGAGGGCGACGAUAUGGAGGAGGAUGAAGACGAUGAGCAAGAUGAUGACGAGAUGGACACCGACACCGACUCCAUGCAGGACUUUGACCAACCAGACCCUGAGGACAUCCUCAAAAACAAGCGCCAACACCCUGCUUUUGGUCCUGUGUUGCGCUCCAAGGGCUUCUUCUGGCUACCAACUCGACCAUUCCAGUUCGGAGAGUGGAGUCAAGCCGGCGGCAUGUUGACCGUCGGCUGUGGAGGUCCCUGGUUCGCAGAAGUACCUGACGAAGCCUGGCCGGAAGAUGAGGAUGUCAUCAAGUCGAUUCAAAAUGACUUCCAGGGUCCCUGGGAGACCGACGCCAAGAACUUGUAUAUGAAGCAGUGGGAGAAAGUCAUGAAGAAUAAGAAGCUUAGCCGAGAGGCCAAAACUAAGAAGCUGGCUAGUAUUUGGGAAGAUGGCUGGGAGGAAUGGCCUGCUUUUGAGAUCGAGGACGAGGAGGAGCUGGGGAAGCACCGCAUCAGCGAGUAUUUAGGUCAUCAACAUGGCCCUAAGAAGGGUCAUAAGCAUAGCCACCAUUAG